UUUCCUCCGAAGCAGCCGCCACAGCCCAACCGAGCAGGGGGACUACAUUUCCCGGCUUGCCGCGCGGCCGGGACGUGGGCUAUAAAAGGCCGCCCAAGACACGCUGGCUGCAGAGAGCGCGCGCUGCCAGAGAAGUCCAGUCACCGAGAGCUUGCAAGUCCCUGUGGUGUCCGCUUGUCUUCGCGUGGCCAAGAUGUGUGACAAACCAGACCUCUCUGAAGUCGAGAAGUUUGAUAAGAAGAAGCUGAAGAAAACAAACACGGAAGAGAAGAACACGCUUCCUUCCAAGGAGACCAUUGAACAGGAGAAGGAAUGCGACAAGUCAUCAUAGGAAUGCCUCUCUGCAUGAAGUGCUCACUUUCUUCCUUUUUUGUUUGUUUUGGAUUGUUUUUUACAAGAUGUUUUCUGUAUUGAGAAAUGCUGCAGCUUUCCCUGCAACCCUCCCUCCUUGGCCCCCCUCCUAUUGCUGAUGAUGUUGCUGCCUGAUGCAGUGAGGUGGGGGCAAGUGAUGCAGCCAAAGGGGGCUGGGAGUUGGCCAUGGCUCAGCCCCCCAAGCUCAUCUUGCUUUCCCUUCUUGCCAGAUGAGUAAUUCCAAUGUGUUCAUUAACUCUUUCUGUAGCUUCACUUAAUUUGUCUUCCUGAAAUGAAAUGGCAUAAAAAUUCCACCAAAUAAAAAAAAAUUGAACUAC